GUGAUCGCGAAACAUGAAUUAAUGUAGGUUAUGGUUUUUUAAAAAACGUGAAAUUUUAAAGAAUUUUGUGCAAAACAUAUAAAUAAACAUUACACAAAAAAUGUGUAGCGUUGGUGACGAUGUUUAUGACAAUGAAGCAGAUAAACUUAUGCCGAUCACAAAAACAUCUAAAAUUGCUGAGGUGUGCAAUAAAUGCAGGACUGAAAAGCCAUGCAUCGUUCUAAGAAGUAAAGAUGCUUAUUGUCAGAAUUGCUUUUUAGUUGGAACAGUUCACAAAUUCAAAGCUUUACUGGGAAAAUCUCGUCUAAUUCACCCAAAAGAUAAGGUGUUGGUGUGGCAUCAAAUAGGGCACCCUAGUACUGCUUUGUUGCAUUUUUUAAGAACUGGUUUAGAUUUAAACACUCCAAAGAAGUUGAGAUUUGAACCAAUUAUUUUAUUUGUUGAUGAUCAGUAUCAUAUUAGCCUUGAUGAAAGAAGACAUUUAUUGGAGAAGGCUAAGAAAGAAGUCCAAUCUUUCGGAUUUACUUUAUAUCUCAUAUCUUUUGCGGAUUAUGUUACACAGCCAUAUAGAUUAAAUGAACUUAUUUGUACUGAAAAUGUAGAAAUUUCAGAAGAUGAUAAGAAUAAAUUGGAACAGAUUAUAGAUGGAAAACCUUCAAAAAGCAAUAAAAAUGAUAUUAAAGUUUUGUUGAGGAGACAAAUGUUGAUAGAUAGUGCAAAGCAUUUUAAAUGCAAAUUUAUAUUUACUCCAGAAAUAUCUGUGGACAUAGCUUCUAAUUUACUUUCUAAUAUAUCCUUAGGAAGGGGUCCUCACAUAUCCAUUGAUACGGGUUUUUGUGAUGAUAGAGAUGAUGAUGUUAAAAUUCUCAGACCACUGAGGCUUUUUGACAUGAAGGAACUAGCAUUUUACAAUAAAAUAAAUAACUUGGAACCACUCAUUGUAAGACAAUUAGAUGUAAAUCCCUAUUCUUCUAUACAAGAUUUAAUGAAGAAGUUUGUCCAAGAUCUGCAAGUCAAUUAUCCAGCCACUGUAACAACUGUUUUAAAAACUGGCGAUAAACUGAGUAUUGACAAACGUGGGAUGAAACAUUGUAAUGUAUGUAAGGGACCACUGCCCGUCAUUGAAAAACAACUUACCUCUCAGCAAUCAACGAAUUUUUCCCAUUUAGUAUCAACAGAAAUAUCAAAUUAUUCUUUGUCGAGGCAAGAGAGGUAUCAAAAUAUGGUUGAUAAAUUUGAUCAGAUGGCUGCCAAAAAUGAAGAUUUAUGUUAUGCAUGUUCAAAUAUAACACAAUAUUUAAAUAAGAAAUAAAAUGGAUGAUUAUUUUUUUACCUUUUUAUUUAAAAUAACUGUAAAGAAUAAGAAGUUACACAACAUGUCAAAUUUAAUGUUUUAAAAUCCAAGUUGUGGUAUGACCAGGGGCGUUAAGCAGAAUCAUAUUGCUAGAGGUAAUGAUGGGAGGAAUCCUAUCUAAAAAUAUUCAAAAGAAACACCAUUGUUCUUCUCAUCAGGAUGUUGUUCUGCCUGACUACUCAGCCCUGAGUUGGUUCCCAGCUGAUAUUCUUCUCACCUCCAUCCCACAAAGGUCCAAGAAAUAAAAAUGUAUAAAAUCUUCACAUCUUUAUUUAAUACAUUAUCAUUUGAAAAAUAUAUUUUCAAAGGGAAAAAAAUAAUUUCAAAGCUGUGAUCCAAAACUUGC